AUGGCAUCUGGACGAGCAGACGCCGAAAAGGAAAUCAAACGCAAUCCUCACGGCGACUUCAAAGCUGUCGAAGCCUCCCGCCCACCCUUUGACGCAACAUCAUCGUUCCACUACACGCAAACCCCAAAGCCCGACUGGAAAACCGGAUCUGGUCCCAAUGAGCCCUCCAGUUUGGAAAAGUCACACCGUUCUAUCAACCCUUAUGAGGAAGGCAGACCUGUAGUACACAACUACAAGCUACUCAUUUCCGCGAUUGUACCCCGCCCCAUUGGUUUCGUCUCAACAAUCAGUGCAGAUGGGAAAUCCACAAACCUUGCUCCGUUCAGCUACUUUAACCUCGUAAACCAUGAUCCACCAAUGUUCGUUUUGGGAUUUGCCGGUGGGAUGGAUAAAGCGAAGGAUACACUAAAGAAUCUCAUUGAGACCAAGGAGGCUGUCAUCAACAUCAUCACUGAGGAGUACAUCGAAGCGGCCAACUAUACGAGUAUAAACGCGCCAGUCGGUGUGAGUGAGUGGGCGUUCAGUGGGUUGCAUGCGGAGAAGAGCAAGUAUGUUAAGCCUGAUCGCGUGAAAGAGGCCGUGUUCAGUAUUGAAGGAAAGCUUGUUGAUACGGUGGAAUGGACAAGCAAGAAUCCUGCUACGCCUGACAAAAAGACGGGUGUUACAGCGUUUGUGGAAGGGGUGAACUUUUGGGUUAGGGAAGAUGCUAUUGAUGAGCAGGGCGUGCUUGUUGAUCCUGCUGUGCUUAAGCCGGUCUCUAGGCUGGGUGGAAUUACGUAUGCGAGAGUGACCCAGGCGUUCGAGCUCCCGAGACCGGAUUAUGAGGAAGUCACCAAAGAUCCCGAGGUUGCGAAGCUGGCGCAGCCGAAGGGUGAGAGUCAACUGUAG